GUAUCACGUAAUCACAAUUGCAAUUAUUAAUAACGAUUGCUAACAAUUUCCAUGUUAUUAUUAUUUUAUUUUUCACUUUAAAGUGUUUGUUGUUCAAUGAGCAUAUAGAAGAGCAUCCUUUUUGCGAACUUUACCUAUUUAAUAGUUAGAUUGUUUCAAUUUUAUAAAUUACUUGAUUACCUACAUAAAAACUCUCUUUUUUCAUCAACAACAAAUAAUUUAAUUUAAGACACAAAAUUUUACGUAGUUUGCCUGCCUGCCUAUCUAUUGCUCUGCUAGUGCCAGAGCCUCAAGUAUUUUUAUAUUUUUAAUCAAAAAGUAUCUCACUUGGUUUUCUCGUCUCGAUAUUCUCGCUCGUCGUCGUCGUCGUUGGUCGUCGCAGUCAUUACAAUAUUGAGCAUUGAGAAUUGAGUUAGUGUGUGUGUCAAGUAAGACUGUAUCAGUUCUUUUUUUUCAUUUAAUAAUACACUUUGUGCAUUCUGUGAUUCAUUGUUAGUUAAAGUUUUGGAUGAAAAACAACGCAACACCAUAAACGAAAAACAUCUCUCACCAACAACUAAAAAAAUUCUCUAAAAUAUACCUAAUUAAUUAUUUUAAAUUAUUAAAUUAACAAUUCAAUAUUAUAUAAUUAAAGUGCUCUUUUUUCAAUUAUAAACAAAAAUCUAUUAAAAUUUUAUUAAAAUUUUGUCUAACUUCGACGCAAUAAAGCAAAGCAAGAAAAGAAGAAAUUUCUAGAGAAAACACAAAGAAAAUUUUAAAAGAAAAGAAGAAGUGUGAAGAAAAAAGUGCCGAACAAGCAGCAACGAAAAGAUUAUUCUGUGCCUUAAUUAAUAAAUAAAAAAUAUUUAUACUUAUAUCAAAUUAAACAAAAAAUAAAAUCAAAAACACAUCUUUAUAGCUAAAUUUAUCAUCGUGAAAGAAUUUUUAUUCUCUAGCAGCUCUAACAAAAGCGCAUCUAUUUACUUAUAUCUAUACUAUUUUUGUGACCACAAUAUAUUUGUGUUAGAUUCUCAAUUUUAAACAAAAUGGCCUUCAUGAUGCCCGUGAUGAAAAAUGAGUUUGAUAUUUAUAAUGGUAGUCGAACCCGGAAGGUAUCCGAGGUAUCGACAAAUACAUCAGCUAACGGACAACGAUCUCGCAAGGUAUCUGAAUGUAAAUCAGAGUGCCAAACGUCCUCUACGUCACCUUCCUCAAGUCAUUUAACGCAAAUGAAUCGUUCUGCAUCAUCUCGUGCCGCAUUUCCCAGAAAUUCGUCACGCAGCUCUCAAUCUAAUAUGUUUGCUGCAUCGCCAACACGUAAUUACAAUAACAACAAUAUCAAUAUCAUCAACAACAAUCAAGCAGCUAGCCCUCCCAAAACCCAUGCUGGCAGCCAAGGAAGUUUAAAUAAAUUCCAUAAUCGUUUGGUUGAUAAGCUCCGCAAGUCCUUUCGCAAAGACACAGCUAAGCGAUCAUGAGAGUUGUCUCAAGAAUGCUAUGCAAACCAAACUUUCUACGAUAUUGACAAUAACUGCACAACAACAGCGGCUACCCAGGCCGCCGAUGAUGAUGAUGUGGUGGCAGCAGUGGCAUCAAUCAGUAAUAAUUAUUGCCUACAAUCCACAUCAGUUUCUAUUGUCCAAUCAACAACGCAGAUGCUUCAAACCAACAGCGAUAAUGAAGAAGAAGAAGAAAAAGAAAUUAUGGCGCCGCCACCGCCGCAGCAGCAGGUUAGCCGUCGCUCCGGGCGUUUUCUAACAAUGAAGCAACGUAUAACAUCAACACUAUUGAGGCGGAAAUCUAAUAAAAAGCAGCAGCAGCAAUGUCCACAAUGCUCCUCCUCAUCGUCCUCCUCCUCAUCGAAGAAAAAUAAUAACUCUGAUUGUUGUCGCUUACAACAAUCACAGCCUUCCUCUAUAAAUUUGGGAAGUAAGGGAGGAUUGGAUAAUUAUGGAGCUACUUCCUCUACGAUGGAAAUAAACUCAAGUUCAGUUGCAGCAGCAUGUGAUAAGAAUAUCAAUAGCAGCAACAGCAACAACGAUCAACAGCAGCAACAACAAGGCAUGGUACUUAUAAAACAGCCUAGUCAUCGCAGAUCAUUUUUACGUCGUCAAAGACACUCAACUUCCAGAUUCAGCUCAUUUAGUGCUCCAGGAUAAAAUCAAUAGCCCAAUAAGUUUCGUCAUGCGUCAAUACUCUCUGCAAUUAACCAAUACAUUGACAUAUCAAAAAGCCACUUGUAAUUGUUUUCAGUUUAAUUUAGUUUAUGCCAGGUAUUUCCUGACUCAGAUGAAAAUAGAUAACUUUAUUUACAAUUGGGCAUUCCAUACAAUAUUGAUGAAUCAGUCAGUCGCCCGGAAUAAUUUCAUCAUCUAUAAAAUUCUUUACAAUAUUGUAAUUAUUAGACAAGGAUGACUUGACAAAUUUUCUAUAAUAUUCUAGAAGAUUCUCAAAUUUUUAAUAAAAUUCUUGUUCUUGUAUUAGUAGUUUCCAACAAUACUAAAUUAAAAAAAAAAAUAAAACAUCGCAGUUAUUGCAGACGCCUGACAGAUUUAUUGGGCAAUUGAAGAAUUUUUAGAUUUUUAAGUCCAAAGUCCAUAUUGAUGGGACAAAUUUUGUUGGAUUAGCCCGAAUUAAAAAAUAAAAAAUUGGACCAUACAAUUCAAAAUACCAAGUUUUGUAAGCAAAAGGAAAACAAUUUAAAGAAAAGAAAGAAAAAAAUAGAAUGAUUUGACAAAGUGCAAGCAGCAAGCAAGUGAUUGAGAAAUAUCGUUAGUCUUUUUUUUUGUGUUUUUUUUUAAAUAAAAGUAUUUUUUUUGUCUUAGAAAAUUUUACAUUAAUAUAAUAUAUCGAAUCUAUACAUAAAAGAAAAGUACACACAUACAUAAAUAAAAUUAUAUCAUUAAAAAUAUAUUUAAAGUUUAUAUAUAUAUCAAUUUAAGAUAAAAUAUUUUGUAAAUGCAUUCAUAUUUGUAUAAAAUUAAACUUUAAAGAAACUAAUACAAAAAUUUGCUUAAAUAAAUAAUAUAUUAUAUUUUUUAAUAGGUAAA